AUGACUGCUCUUCCCUUUGAAAACAAAAAGUUGAUCUUUCCACCCAAAAGCAGGUGUACGAAUCCGGUUGCUAAGCAAGGAAAGAGACUACAAGAAUGGAUCUCUGUCAUCUUAUGCUUCUCUCUGAUCGGUUUCAAUUUUUACAAUCUUCUCUUCUACUUGCAACUGGAACACACGUCAUCUGUUAUUGUUGGGAUAUUUGCAGGAGUUAUUACAGCUGACUUCCUAUCAGGAUUGUUUCACUGGGGAGCUGAUACCUGGGGAUCUGUGGAGCUACCCAUAGUUGGAAAGGUUUCUUGCCCAUGUAACCAGUCCCCAGCCCCAGAACUCUCCUCCGCCGAAAGGCAUGGUGUAUUACUGGUAAAGUGCCAUGUUUACACUUGGCCUAGAUACACAUCUUGUUUUGCAGAGGCAUUAUAUGAAACGUGUCCUUGGGAGUGUUAUGUCUUUGCCCUUAUCAUCUUCAUAACCAUGACGAACCAGAUUCACAAGUGGUCUCACACGUACUUUGGUCUUCCACGCUGGGUCAUAUUUCUACAGGACUGGCAUGUUAUCCUGCCGCGGAAGCAUCACAGGAUCCAUCAUGUGUCUCCACAUGAGACGUACUUCUGCAUUACAACUGGUUGGCUGAACUAUCCAUUAGAGAAGAUAAGAUUCUGGAGGUGUUUGGAGAACAUUAUCCAAGCAGUUACUGGAGAGAAGCCAAGAGCAGAUGACAUGAAAUGGGCUCAGAAAAUCAAAUAACUUUUGCCAGUCUUCUGCAAUCCUUAACUUGUUGCCAAUGUUGUUUUUUUUUAAAAAAAAAAAAAAAAGCCAUCAGCCAAAUUCAAGACCUGCAAAGAAAUAACAGACUCUAAAGCACAAACUAAAAAGUGCUAACACAGACUGUAACAAAAAGAACUAAUUCUUAAAACAAUACUUGAAAUGAAGAUGAUUACUCUUACUGAGCACCUUUUUGUUUAGCCAUGUCUGCUUACAUCUUAGAAAAUACUUCAUCACUGUCUCUCAUAAGGCUGUCGGGCAGGCCAGAAGGCAGGACAGUCGCUCCAUUGGUACAUGGUGGCGUAGCAAACAUGUGUUGUAUCAACAUUAUUUAACACUUCAAAAAUAGCUUGUUGCCUAAGACCUAUAGGGAGAAUGGUGACAACAGUUUGUCACUUCAUGUUUGAGUCCAAAUACACUGCAUGGAAACAGUGUGUCAGAGUAAUGGAAGCCUAUAAAAUCAUCGCUGUUCAAUGCACUUAGUGAUCGAUAAAGCUCUGUCUUCGGUGUCAUUUUAAAUAAUUGAUGUAACGUGGAACAGACUUUGAGAAUCCCACUCCACCAGUGGGCCACGAAUCCUCAAGUGUCUUCAGUUUCCCUUAAAAUAAAAUUGUUCUACACUCUACGUGGAUUUGAGCAAACUGUUUCUGCAUAAGCCUUCAACUUAACAAACCUCUGAGGAGAGGGAGGGCACCCCAUACAACACAUGCUCGUGUUUGUUCAUGUGGAGUGCUCAUUGAUGAGUCUUCUGUUAAGUCUUUCCUACCCUGACAAUUAAUGUUUAAAAUAGUUUUAGCAUUGAGCACAUUGCAAAUAGCUGUAUUCAAGAGCUCAUGGUAUCAAACUUGUAAUGUUAGAAGGGAAUUAUCAACGAUGACUGGUGUUUGUUUGUUUUUAAGGUGCUUGCUUGUUUCUGUAAAUAAUAUAAAGCCUUAAUCUCUUCUGGUGUAAUGGAAUAAUAUUUUAAUGUGAUGUUUGAAUGUAUAUAAUGUAUUUAUAACAAAGCAGUUGGAUAAUACUAA